AUGAUUCAAAAUUCCAUAAAUGUAUAUUUACAUAUGGAUCGUUUGCCAAUCGCAAUGUUAACCCAACUCGUCGUCAUUCUCGUAGCUCUGAGUUCUUUGGCUUUCACUCUAAAAUGUUACAGAGGAAUCACGAAUUCCGGCGACAUCCCGACUGUUCAAGAGGACUGCAUCAAGGCAACAUACUGUGUAAAAUAUAUGUUAGGGGGGACAAGUGUCGUGCAUCGAGGGUGCGACGAAGAACUGAUGUGCGAGAUGAAAGGAGAGGAAGUUGUGAAGAAAUACGGUCACAUAAAAUGGUUUUGUUGCAACAGAGAACUGUGUAAUUUCUCUUCAAAGCAAGCAGGAUUCCUCUUAGUUGUGUUGUUUUUGUGCAUUAGAUCGUUUUUCAUUUAA